CUUUAUCCAACCGUGCCAGACAAACAUGGCGGAAGAACAAGCUAUCAGCGACGAAGCUGCUGGCUAUCGUCAUUUACUGGACAUAAAUUGGACCGAAGUUGCCGAUAAUUUGAUAAAAAGUCGACUACUUCUUACAGCUUUAGAGUUACACACAGAACUUCUCGAAAAUGGCCGCGAAGUGCCCUUUCUGAGGGAUUUCUUUUCGAAUCCAGGAAACUUCGAGGUUGAAAGUGUUCGCGCACCCUCCUCGCCUAUUUUGUUUCAUUUGGGUAAGCGUAAAUAUUAAUGGUUGUGGUUUAUUUGUCAAAACUACAAUAUAGAUUUAGUAUGGAAUUUUAGCUGUUGUUUUGUGCUGUUUUGUACUUUGGUGUUGUACAAAAAUGAGUUCAAUAUUUUGGGUAUAAAAUGUCAUUAUGUCAUAAAAUGUAAAUGACCUGUUAAUCUUAUACUCGUGAUGUUAUGAAAGGUCAAAAGCCCUUUGAUUAAACAGUUGUGAAAUUGCAGGUUUUCUAAAGUGUUAGGUAAAAAUUAAUACAUAGAUGUACUUAUUUGUCCAUAUUUUGUUUUUGUUAUGUUUUGUAUAUUCAGAUGCAGAAAUAGUCUAAAAAAUGCUUCUUCUUUAUUCUUUGUUGCAGUAUGUAAAUACCCAAGUUUUUAUGUAAUAUUUCAAAUUCGACUAUGAGGACUGGACUAGAUUUCAAGUCCGGGUAUUUGAUCGAAAUGCGAGGACUUGAAAUUUAGUCCAGUCCGAAUUGGAGAAUUUGAAAUGACAUUUCAUACAAAUAAAUAACUAGUACUUAAAGUGGGUUGAAUUAAUUUUGACCCAGUCCAAGAACUGAAUUUUGAUCCAGUCCUGGGACUAGAUCAAUAUGUACUUCACUAGGCCAAAUAAAAAUAAUAGUUGGUUUCAGGUUUCACAGCCAUGUUUUAUAUGGAUAGGUAGGUCGGAAAAACAUUUUAUUUUAAAAAUAUUUUAUCUCAAGUAUGCAAUAAAUAUGAGUUGUUUAUGCGUAACUGUCACGCGUGAUCAAGCGUGCCACGCAGGAUAUCACCCGCGAGCUACAUGUGUUUUGCGAGAAACAAACACAAAACCAUUUUAGUCUUUUUUCAGCCGUAGCUGCCAUGUCAGAAUAAUGUACGUUUUAUUAUUUUAUUCUUUGUGUAAAACUAUGAUUAACAUGACUAGAUAAUGAUUAAAUUACUGUAUAAGCAAACAAAAUAAUUUGUAGACAAAUGAGUCUGAUGAUUAUUUAUAUAUUCUGCAUUUACGAAAAGAUGAUCUUUACUGGGAAAUUCAAAUGUCAAUAAAAUGUUUAUGGUCGGUCAUAUUUUUGACAGGUCGGUCGGAAACCUGAAACCAACUAUUAUUUUUAUUUGGCCCUAGGUAUCCAAUAAAGGGCAAAAGAUGCACUUUACAGCAUUUUAUUCUGGCAAAUGCCAGAUGAUUUUAUUCAUCCAGGCAUGAUGUUGCAAUUAGGAUAGGGACCUGUUUGGAAAUUGUGUGCCCAAAAUUUUUUUGAAAUUUAAUUUAAUAAUAAAUAUAUGGAAAUCAUGAAAAUUGUGUGCUUGAUAUCUUGGUUGUGUUAAUGUGUGAUACAAACUUUCCACACUGGGACAGGGGUGAUUUAAUGUGUUUAUAUAUUAUAGUAAUUUGUUUUCAUCCUGCUUCAGACAGUAAAGAGUAAAAUUGACAACACCACGGUCAAACAUCUGUGUAUAUUUACUGCUUGUAUUCAAAAGACUGGAAAUAGUAUUGUCUUCACGAAGCUUUAGCAAAAAGUUUAAAGAAAAUUACAAGUUUUUGAACUCAGUAUAACUUUAUAUUGACAUGCACAAGAAAAAAGCGAUGAAAUUUUCUACCUUAUAGCUGCAGCCAUUUGCUUGUAGUAAAUGUUUUUCCUGCAUUUACUCCUAUUAUUUUUACAGACAUUUUCCCCACCAUUUCCAUAUUUCCUCCCCCUCUGAAUAAAAUGAUUUUAUUGGUGUGCAGUGCAACCUAAUGGGUUAAUAAGUUAUUUCCUAUGUUCAGGUCGAACAUCAAGCAAUUUAACACUAGACAGUAUUGAUGACUUCACUCGAUAUUCUGAUGAUGGUCUGGGUGAGAAAGGAGAUGACAGGAUUGCAGGUGUAGUACAAGUUUUCAGGGUGCGAAUUAACAGCCUACAAACGACAGCAGGGGUAAUUUGCAGAAUGUGACUUCUGUGCUUUCGCUCAGCUUUUAUGGGGUGAGGACCCUAACUCUAACCCGAACACUUUCAGACAGCUUUUACGUAUCACCUGACCGCUGAGCGAAAGUACAGAAGUCGCGUUCUGCAUUCUGCAAAUUAUAACCCCGCCCUACAAAUGACAAAUUGUUUUGCGAAAAAGCAAAUUUGUAGGCCAAAAAAUUUGUGGCCUACAAUUUCAUGGAAAAAUUUGUAGGUCAGUUUAAACCCUCAGAAUCCCCAGAUAAAUUUCUUUGCAAAACAAAACUAAAGUUGAAUACUAGAAAAAAUUUGGAAGGUCAAAAUGGAAAUUUAUAGGUCAUAAAACAUACUAGCAUGCCCUUCAUUGGUUUUGUUUUUAUCAUGCUGAGUGACCAUAUAAAUGUGUUGCCAUCCAGGGCAUUCUGCAUUGUCCAUAUUGUUUAAAUAUUAUUAUUAAAUCAUUAUGCAUUUCUUAUUGAAUUUAUGAUAUUUUCAAUUGAUUCUUUUAGUUUUGCAAUUUGAGCUACGGAAAGCCCAUGAUACAAUUAAGUCUUUGAGAGGAAGUCUAACUGUGGCAACAGGUUAGGACUUGUAAUUAUUGUAUGGUAGAGAAAAUCAAUGGAUACAUGUAUCAUUUUAUGAGAAUGCACCUUUACAGAAAGUACCUCAUCUUGGUUAUAAAGCCUUGUUUUUGUGUUUGUGACAUUAGUUAAAGCCAAGCAUUGCAAUCAUGAGAAUGAGGCUUUAUAAUUAACCUAGGUGGCAUACUUUCCAGGAGCGCGUAUCACUUAACAUGUAAAUUGGCUUAGAUUAAUUGUUGUAUCUUGUUAGAAUAGGCAUAUGAUAAGGCAUGUGAUUUGCUUCUCAAUGAAAUAAAAUUGACAUUAAUUUAUUUGCAUUUCAUAAUUGUAAUUUUACAUAUUAUAAUGUAUUUUAAGAGCAAGAGGGUCCACAAAAUACUCAGAAAGAUGCCAGUGAAACCAGUUCACUUAACGAGGUAAAGAAAUGUUUAUGUAAUUUUUAUGUAACCACACCCCCCCCCUUCAGCCUCCAGCAUUUUGUCCCCCCCCCCAUUAUUCAAGUUAGUAUGACCUAUGAUAGUCCCAUAAAUCUGCACCCCCUCAGAAAAACUAAUCCUUUUCCAAGAAAAUUGUCCUCAACCCCCUGGUACAACUACCCCUUGGAAAAACUGCUCCCUGGAAAAACUGCUCCCCUGGAAAAUGACAUCCCCCAAAACGCCCUCCCUGAAAAAAUUCACUCCGACAAAAACUACCCCUCCCUUGAGAAAACUGAAACCUCUCCUCCUACCAGAAGAGUGUAGCCCUCAGUUGUUGCAUGUUUGAAAUAUACAGUUGUGACUCCUAUUUCAACCAUCAUGAUUUUGUUGUUUUUAUGAAAUGGGAAAGUUCUUUUGAACAUGUUUUGUUUUGCUUUAGGAAACAAUUAAACCCCAUGAAAAACGUGCAUUGAAUUUUUUGGUGAAUGAAUACCUCUUACAAAAUGGUUACAGACUCACCUCUGUCACUUUGUCUGAUGAAAACGAAGAUCAGGUUUGAUUUUUUUAUUGAUAGUCAUUUCUUUGUUUUUGUCACAAAGAAUUCACAAAUAAGCGCUCUCUAUUCUACAGUUUUCUCAAUUUUGUGUUCUCCAAUGAUUCAAAACAGUGCUGUCAAUAACACUAGUUUUAAGACACUUUUGCAUAUGUCUUUAACCAUGCAUUGGGGGGCUGGGCCUUAACCUUACCCUGAGUGAUCUAGGGGAGCUCACACUGGGCCCUAAUCUUGGUUUUGCCCCCUCCCCCUCCACACACAAACUGCAAAACGUUUAAAAUAUGAAUUGACACAAUUUGUUUGUGCUGGGACAACCAAUGCAAUCUUGCAUCGCCUAGUUUGUUUUCAUUUUGUGGAAUUAUUUUUCAGCAACUUUCAAUUUUUUUUCAGGAUUUUGACGAUUGGGAUGAUGUUGGUUUAAAUAUUGCUCAACCUCCAAAUCUACUUCGACUUUAUCGAGAUUAUGAUAAGCAUGCCAUGCCCAUGGCUGCAAGCACAUUGGCAAAAACGGAAGAAGAAAAUGCAAAGUUGGUAAGGGUAUGGCGUAAAAGAUUAUUUCCUAAAACGUUAAUGUGGUGAAUCUUCUUGAUCAAAAUGAAAUUCAUAACUACAAUCCUAGACAAAUAACACGCGGACGCUGAUUAAAAAUGGCUGAAGUUUAAGGCAAUCAAAUAUUUAUACGCAUAUCCAGCCGUAUUCCCGCUCCCUGUUACAAUGUUGUUGGUACAAAUACCGCAAUAGUUGCCAUAAUGACUGAAGUGUUUAUCAACAUUGUUUCAGGGGGGGGCGACUUAUGAAGUAUAUAUGCAAAAAAUAAUGUAUUUGCAAUGUUUGUCCGAGUAAAUUUGUCUAUGAUUGCAGCUACAAGAUUCAGUAACUAAUACGUUUUUACUGCAUGUAUAGUUGCCGGACACUUCUGGAAGUAUUGUUUGGGGGGGGUAGAUUGCUCAACCUGAAACUGUUUUUUAUGAAAAAAUUGAAAAUCAAAUGUUUAAUCUUGCGCGCGAACGGUUGCAUGUUAAGUGUGGAACAAUUUAUGCGUGAAGCGUUCCAUUUAUGAACGGUUUUAAGAGAUGUAGUUUAAAAUUGUUUGCUUAACUGCCAACACUAGGAAGAAACCUGCAAGAAACUGAACGAACAACUUGAGCAGCUACGCAAAGAGAAUGAAAGAAACGAACAAAAUCAGCGAAUCAUUGAAGAGUGAGAUGAUACUUAUUUUUAUUGUAUAUUAUUAUACACAGGGUGUGAUAAUUCAACAUUUUUAGUCGUACCUGACUGGUACUCCAAUGAUUACGUGAUCUGGUACAAACUUAACACCUGUAUUCUAAAAGCUCUGUCACACUCAAAGGGUGGAGGUUCAUUCUGAGCCCCCCUUAAGUGUCAGUGCAGUUUUUGAAUAGCUGGAGAAUUAGUAGCAGGGAUCAAUAUAACGGUCGGCCACCUGCCAUUAGCCGAGCAAAAUGCUGAUAUGGUCGUCUACUAAUUGCUCUGCACGGACAUUAUGGCUGACCGUUUUGUCUCAUUAAUUUGAAUAUUUCUCCCUUUAUUGUUGCAAAUCUUUUUAACAAAAUCUGUAAUCUUUAACACAUGCAAACAAAGAUUCCUUCUGCUAGACAAUCACAGAAUCUGACUUCGUCCCGAUCCACACAAUAACAAUAUCAUCUCGUCAAUUAUUAAAACAACCGCGUCUAUUAAUAUAUAUAUAUAUAUAUAUAUAUAUAUAUAUAUAUAUAUAUAUAUAUAUAUAUAUAUAUAUAUAUAUAUAUAUAUAUAUAUAUAUAUAUAUAUAUAUAUAUAUAUAUAUAUUGUUAUUGAGUAAGUUGUCGUUGAUAUUGUGUAAUUUUGUUAACCUAAAUGCAUAUGCAUAUGGUUUUGGCCUUUUGGUAGUUGUUUUUUGGUUUCUAGUACUGUGACAACUGGCAACGUCUCUCUUGAGAAUAAUUGAGUGUCUGAUCAUGUCCGACCAAAACAUGGGUUGGUCUGACACAAUGUCAGACAAAGUUUUCAGAAUUAUAUUGAACUCUGGUUAGUAGUCACAUAAGGUGCGACACUAACCCUCCAGCUAUUCAAAAACAGCACUGACACUCAAGGGAAGCUCAGAUUGAACCUCCACUCUUUGAGUGUGAGUGAGCUUUUAGAAUACAGGCGUGGGACUCAAGAUGUACAGUACUUAAUAGUCUUUAAAUUGAAGUACAUAAGUACAGGUUUCUGAAAGGUAUUCAUUCAGUGACCUGAAACUACGAGUUAGAACGGCAUGGACGACGAUGGCAUACACAAACGCUAGAAUGAACUUCAACAUUCCCUAGUCCCAUCAGUCCAAUAAUUUUUCAUGCCAAGACAUGUCAGACGUACGCAUAUACCGACUUUUAAGUACGACUUUUAAACUAAAACUUUUUGACUUUUAAUUACAAUUACGGUUUUGAAUACCUUGCGCUUGGUAUUUGGUUGGUAAGGUCAUAUGGUACCAGCAAAAUGUAAGGUGUUACGUGGUUGAAAACAAAGAAGUACCAGACCGUAAAAUUGGCGUACCUUCGAUACGUAAGUACGCGAAUUAUCGCGCCUUGAUAGAGUAUUUCGGCAUAUUCGACCCUAUAGUAAAACCUGUGUGUUUUAUUAUUGCCAGACAGAUGAGCAAUUUAACGGAUGAAAAAUCCAACUUGGUGACACAAAUUACUACUCUUACUGAUGAACUUGCACAAAGUAAACAACGCUUGUUGACAAACAACUCGGAACAGACAAUUAUUCCGGCUCCCGAACUCGCAGAGGAUUCAAGUAGCAGUUCUCAAACUACAAGCAGUAUUCCUGAUAAUAAAAGCAAUGAUAGUGGUGUAGGACUGUCUGAUUCGCUACAAAAUGGUCCUCGAUUGUCUGAUACGGAAGGAAACUCUGUGGAAGAUGAGAGGAAUGAAGAGGAAACACCCCAGGUACUCAUUGGAGGCUUUGUUAAAAGAAUAAGGUCUAACCAGGCACAGACCAUUCGAAACAUUUUGCAAAGUAUUUUUAGUAAGAAGUAAUUUCACGUAAAAACGCACAAGUUGUAACAAACCUGCAGUAGACGUGUAGCAAUGCUGUUUCAACAACUUGUUAAUAAGUUUUUUGUAGGUUUGCAUGGCGAUAAAAUAUAUAAUACUUUUGUUUGUGGAAACACCACGCAAAAGAAAAAUAUUUAUUGCAGUAAUAAAUUUACGUGGUGUUUCCACAAACAAAAGUAUUAUAAGGUCCACUCCAGACGCGAUUCGACAACGCGACGCGAUUUUUCGAUUUUCAGUGACCGAUAACUUUGAUCCAAGUUAUUUAGAUUUAGAUAAGAUUUAUUAAAAAGACCAAUUUAGCAGUCAAGGACUGAAUUACAUCGGUUUACAAGAUUAAAAGGAUAAAAUACAAAAUACAAUUAGAUUAAGAAUUAUUAUAGUAAUCUUAAACUUUCCAAAUAUUUAGAAGCGCUAUAACAUUUUGAGUUAUUUGGUCCACAUAUCUUUCAAAAUUUGCUCUCAUUGGCUGUUUUAUUAACUUUCAAAAACUAAAGAAUCACGUCCCGUUAUCGAAUCGCGUGUAUCUGAAGAGGAUGUAUCUCGACGAAGGGCCUUCACUCGAAACGUUGACGAGUGACUAUUAUUUUGUAUAUAGCCUCUUUGAAUUUAGUCUGUUUAACCUUUCCAUGGAAAGGAGACAUUUGCAUGCCUCUUAUUGGACUGAAAAGCUAAAAACUGGUGUUUAUUAAUUCAUGAUUUUCUUUUCAAGGUCUCAAUAAGUGACACUGACACCUCAGCGCCAAUUUCAAAGACUGAAAAUGACCAUCUGUGCCAAAGGUGACAACUUAUUUUUGCUAAACUAGCAACGAACUGCUUUCACGGAACUAAUUUUCUUUUUCUCUCUCUCUGCGGUAGAAAACUAUGUCCAACAUUCAAGCAAGCGUUACUCAACAUUGCGCAAGUUCAACACGACAGUAGAGUUAGCAAUGAGGUAAAAUUAUAUGGUACAGUUAUUUAUACAUGCCUGUAGAUUUUAUUAUGUGGAGGUAUAGCCAAGGUCCCUUGUAAUGAGCCAAAAAAUGAAAUACAGUGCCCAAAAAUGAAAUACAGUGCCAAAAAAUGAAAUACAGUGCCAAAAAAUGAAAUACAGUGCCAAAAAAUGAAAUACGGUGCCAAAAAAUGAAAUACAGUGCCAAAAAAUGAAAUACAGUGCAAAAAAAUGAAAUACAGUGCAAAAAAAUGAAAUACAGUGCAAAUUUCAUUGACUAUAAGAUACGGCCAUUUCUAGCAGAAAAUAAUAUAAAACCCAAACAUUUACAAGUGACAAAAAUGGCUGGCGUUUUUAGUAGGUGAAAGUUUUCAAAAAUAGGUAAAAGGGGGCACGCAGAAUAUGAACUUUUGCAUUCUGAUUUUUCAACUUCAGGUGGCAAGAUUAGCGAAAACUGAAGAAAGUGCUGUGUUGGUGUUGUCACGAUGUCUGCCUCAUAUUGUACCAAACGUCUUGCUCAACAAGCGCGAAGUAAGUGGUGAAUCAGUAGACCAUUUUACCAAAUUUUCUGUAUUUUCAGUUUUCUCUGGGAACAAGGUGUCGUUACUCGGCCUUGGCAAAAACCAUAAGGUGGUGGUGAAUGCCUCUCGUAAUCGCACUGGCUAGGAACAUGGCGAGUGCAUUACGGUUUUUUUUGCUGAGUCGGUCUUCUGUAAGGUCUUUAUUCUAUGGCAGAAUGGUCUAUGUUGUCCAUAUUAUCGACAUCGUGGUCGAUUAUUAUAAUAAAUCACGAAAAUGAUAAGUGGAAAUAAUGCAUUGCCAUCCAAGUUCUAAUGAAUUCAAUCUUACGUGAAUUGAUUUUUCUUUUAAAUAUGUACACCAUCAUUUACAUUCUUGUACUGUACUAUCUGUCAUCUUUUAGGAAUUGUUGCCGCUGAUCCUAUGUACUGCUAUACAUCAUCCUGAAGAGAAGGAAAGAGACAAGCUUUUACAUUCUUUGGUCAACCUUAUAAAACGACCUGACGCCGAACAAAGGUAACGAACUAACAGCAAAUCUACUAGACUUAAGCUACACUCGUUAUCAAAAUAGAAGUUUAUACAAGGACCGCAGGUUAGAUUCCUACCAGAGAGCCUACACGGCAAAAAACGCCGAGCCCGCUGCUCAACAGGAUUGAACAGUGUGUUCUUGUUCACACUUGUCAACAAUAUUGAACAAUAUUGUUGAGCCUGAAUCCAGGUGUAACAACAUUGUUCAAUAUUGUUAUUGUUGACAGCUAUGAACAAUGUGGGCAGCAAAACAUUGUUCAAUCCUGUUUUCAUCAGUAUUGCAUCAACCUGAGCGUUUUUUCGCGUGUAUAGUUAAGGGCCUGGUUCAGCUGGUUUUUCAUUAAGCCGGUUUUCCACUAGCGAAUUUUCUCGCGCGAAGCGACCUUUUUCCUUUGUCGGUAUCACUUAUUACGACAGCAAGACGUGGCAAAAUGGAUGCUGACAAAGGAAAAAGGUCGCUUCGCGCGAAAAAAUUCGCCAGUGGUGAACCGGCUUUGGGAAUUUUGCGCGCGGAGCGGAAUUUUGAAAUUGACAGCCUCGAAGGGUUUGGGGCUGUCAAUUUCCCGUUUGUAAUCUAAAAUGACUGAAAAUUGCAAAUUUCGCAAGGCUAUAUUUUCCGCAUUUUACAACAUUUUGCAACGAAACUUUGGAAUAUUACUAAUUUUGUGAUGCUCCUUCAAGCUGUGAUGAAAUUUUUGUCUAGACUUGUUUAGUUCAAAAUUUAGUCUAUUACGCAAAUGGUCAAUUAGACAAAGAAAAAUUCCGCUCCGUAUGCAGAAUUCCGCCUUGUCGAAAACCGGCUUUAGGUCUACAUCUAUGUAAAUCUUCCGAUGCUUGUAUUAAUCGAUGCAAGUUUCAUAUUAUUCUGACACUGCAAUCGACCAACGAAAAAUUCGUUCGCUCGAGCGGGAUUUGAACUCGCAUCUUCGGGUAUCUAGACCGCCGCUCUACCCAUUGAGCUGUCGAGUCAACGGGGAUUGGUAGCGAGUCUUAUCCAAUUUAAGUGCACGAAAUAUUUUCGUGACGACUUAACGCUUGUCUUAGAGGACGCGCAGCGUUUCAAUUCUAUUUCAGAACCAACCUCAGAGAUACGAAAAACCAGUUUCAUAUUAUUCUAGAAUAAUAUGAAACUGGUUUUUCGUAUCUCUGAGGAUGGUUCAGAAAUUCAUGCAAGAUUUAAGUAUUAAAACAUUCAUAGUAAUUCUUCAUUUAUUUCUUGUUUUUAUUUUAUAGACGAAUGAUCAUCACUGGCUGUUCAGCGUUUGCGCACGUUGUUGGACACAUGCGCACUGAAGCGGAGUUACUUCCCCAGCUUUGGGAACAGGUACAAUCAACGUCAAAUAUAUGAGCCCUAUAUACUUAUUUUUAUUAGGGAAAGUGUAACAGGAUUAAACAACACGUCAUGUUUGUUUUUUUGUGCUUUCAGAUAAAUCACAAGUACCCAGAGAGAAGGCAACUUGUGGCUGAAGCUUGUGGAACACUUGCGCAGUACCUACCUGUAAGUCAUAAUUUAGUUUUUCCUUCACGUGUCAAUAACCCACAUAGAGAUGGAUUCAUGAUACACCACAUCUUGUAGCAAGUCUGCCAACAAGCCGUCAACAAGUUGUGUUCGCACUGACUGCUUGUCCCAAGUUGUCGACAAGUUUGGAACAAGUUGUUAACAAUUUCUAACAACCUUGUUGUAUUAUCAGGCUUGUUACAAGGUUGUUCCAACAAGUCCGAUACAGUCAUGAUAUAGCAGUAUUCUUACAACCUUGUAUCGUCAACUUUGUAACAUUCUUGUUUAUCAUGACCGUAUCAGACUUGUUACAAAAACCUUGCGACAAGACUGAUGAUGCAAUCAAGAUUGUUGCAAGUUGUGAAGAGCUUGUUCCAAACUUGUUACAACAACUGGGAGCAAGCAGUGCGAAGACAACUUGUCAACAGCUUGUGAACAGAUUUGUAACAACUUGUUUGCAGACUUGUAACAACUUGUGCGUUUUUCCGUGUGUAUUCUGCAAGAAAAGGGCAGAGAUUUUCCCAGUGCGACUUUUCUGAGAAGCAGCACUCCCCAGCACUCCCAGUAAAGUGAGUAAGCCCAAUGAGAGUACUUGCGACAAUGCUGUUCCCAACAACUUGUCAACAAGAUGUCUCCUCAACAGGCUUGUAGCAAGCUUGUUAACAAGUUGUGACAAUGCUGUUCCCAGUGCUGUGAGUAACUUCGUUACAAGUAACUAGUUACAUGUAAUCGUUACUUUUUUGAGUAACUGUAACGGUAACUAGUUACUUUUCUGAUGAUGUAACUGUAACUGUAACUAGUUACAAAAAAUAAGUAACUAUUACAGCACUGGCUGUUCCACUGAACAACUUGUCAACAAGAUGUCUCCUCAACAGGCUUGUAGCAAGCUUGUUAACAAGUUUUGACAUUGCUGUUCCAACAACUUGUGAAAAAGAUGUCUCCUCAACAGGCUUGUAGCAAGCUUGGUAACAAGUUGUGACAUUGCUGUUCCAACAACUUGUCUACAAGAUAUCUCCUCUACAGGCUUGUAGCAAGCUUGUUAACAAGUUGUGACAAUGCUGUUCCACUGAACAACUUGUCAACAAGAUGUCUCCUCAACAGGCUUGUAGCAAGCAUGUUAACAAGUUGUGAUAUAAUGCUGUUCCAACAACUUGUCAACAAGAUGUCUCCUCAACAGACUUGUAGCAAGCUUGUUAACACGUUGUGACAAUGCUGUUCCAACAACUUGUGAACAAGAUGUCUCCUCAACAGGCUUGUAGCAAGCUUGUUAACAAGUUGUGACAAUGCUGUUCCAACAACUUGUGAACAAGAUGUCUCCUCAACAGGCUUGUAGCAAGCUUGUGGACAAGUUGUGACAAUGCUGUUCCAACAACUUGUCUACAAGAUAUCUCCUCUGCAGGCUUGUAGCAAGCUUGUUAACAAGUUGUGACAAUGCUGUUCCACUAAACAACUUGUCAACAAGAUGUCUCCUCAACAGGCUUGUAGCAAGCUUGUUAACACGUUGUGACAGUGCUGUUCCAACAACUUGUCGACAAGAUGUCUCAUCAGGCUUGCAGCAAGCUUGUUAGCAAGCUGUGACAAUUCUGUUCCACUGAACAACUUGUCAACAAGAUGUCUCCUCAACAGGCUUGUAGCAAGCUUGUUAACACGUUGUGACAAUGCUAUUCCAACAACUUGUCGACAAGAUGUCUCAUCAGGCUUGUAGCAAGCUUGUGAACAAGUUGUGGCAAUGUUGUUCCAACAACUUGUCAACAAGAUAUGUUUGUAGCAGGUUUGUAGCCAGCUUGUUUACAGGUUGUGACAAUGCUGUUCCAACAAUUUGUCAACAAGGUGUGUUUGCAAUAGGUUUGUGGCAAGCUUGUUAACAAGUUGUGACAAUGCUGUUCCAACAACUUGUCAACAAGAUGUCUCCUCAACAGGUUUGUAACAAGCUUCUUAACAAGUUGUGACAAUCUGUUCCAACAACUUGUCAACAAGAUUUUUCGCAACAGGUUUGUAGCAAGCUUGUUAUUAAUAGAAUGCUAUUCGUUUUGUUUGCAUUUCAGACGGAGAUUGUGAGUUCUCUACUGCUCUCCAUGCUCAAGCAAAUGUUUGCUGAAGAUCGCAACGACAGUGUUCGAGCUACGGUCAUUAAGAGCCUGGCACUAGUUAUGACGAUAGUCGAAUCACCUUCAAAAUACAAGGAGGUAUAUGCACUAUGUGUGCUGUUUAAUAUUUUACUUUGCAGAAGAUUCGCCUUGUGAUUACCAGACAACAGAUUGCUUAUAUUCGAAGCAUUUUGACAACAUCAUGUCACAAAGCCUUGACAAGAUACUUACCACUGAGCUUUAUACAAUAACUGGAGGACGUGCUCCCAUCUUUCAUCAGUUAAAAAGGGUCAUAUUUUCAUGUCACGCAGUUACGAAAUGUAGUCAGGGCCGCAGAGAGGGGGGGGGCAAAUUGCCCCGGGCCCCGAGGUGCUGGGGGCCCCUGAAAAUUUUUUGUUGGGCCCCAGUCUUUUUUGUGUGUUAAAUAUUUCCGCGGAAAGGACAAGAUAUCUGUUUUCUUGGGCUAAGUACCGAAAUGUGAGAUAAAGUCGCUGUUGAGAUAAAGUCGCUGUAAAGCAAUUGGAACGUACUCGUCCGGAAAAAUUUUUUACUCCGGAAAAAAAUUUUUUACCCCUAAAAUGGUACACUGACCGAAAAUUUUUUGGCGACGGCGGGGGGGGGGGAGGUUGUUUUCCGGAAAAAAUAUUUUAGAUAGGGGGCCCCGAAAAAAAAUUUGCCCCGGGCCCCCGCCAACCUCUCGGCGGCCCUGAAUGUAGUAGUCACGUAAUCAAUUCGUGAUCAUGUAAUCAUGAAUGUUUCAGGUUUACUAAAACAAAGUACGGCCUCUUCUUAAAGCCCUUCGCCCAAAGCGUUUUAUUUGAUAUUUCUCUUGACGUAACCCAACACUCGAACUUGUUUCUGACUUGCUGUUUUUACCACAGCCGACAUCGAAAGCCUAAAUUGAACGAUUUUUAACAGCCUGUAUUGUUGUUUAUAAGGCUGAGCAGCUGCUGGUGCAAGCAUUAUGUGAUAACUCAGAAGAGGUCAGAGAAGCCACACUCAAUGUCUUACUGCCAGCGGUCUUGGCUUGGGCACAUGAACUGGAUAAAUUACAGUCUGAUUUAUUGGAAUUUAUUUUACAGCAGUUGGAACUGACUUUAUCGGUGAGUUGGGUACAGAGUGCCUCUUUAUGUAGUGUUAAUGCAAAGGCCUAUCUAUAAAGCCUGGAAGUUCAGAUCAGUGGUUCACACAACCGGGCACCAGAUCGCGAAUUGCGACCAAAUUAUCAUCAUGAUGCAGGCGACCAGAUAUUUGCCAAAAGUAACUAAAGUAAUUCAUAUAGUAAAGAAAUAAAAAAUUAUAAUUCAAAAGUAAAUAAAAUAAUAAAUUAAAAGUAAAAUAAUAAUAUAUUAAAGUAAUUCUGAAGCCCUAAAAUAUCUCAGUGACCAAGCAUUAUUAUUAUUAUUAUUAUUAUUAUUAUUAUUAUUAUUAUUAUUAUUAUUAUUAUUAUUAUUAUUAUUAUUAUUAUUAUUAUUAAUAAAGCUCGGAUCAGACAACGCUCUGUUGUCAUCACCCUACUUGAUCUUAAGAAUGCCUUCGGCGAAAUCCAUCACAACCUCAUUCAAUCCGUACUUGACUACCACCAUAUCCCUGAUCAUAUAAAAUUUGUUAUAAAAAGUUUAUAUACUGAUUUCCAAACCUCGAUAAUUACCUCUGAAUUCCGCACUCCUUUUAUGACAGUUGGCCGUGGCGUAUUGCAAGGAGAUUGCCUCAGUUCUCUUCUUUUUAACAUGUGCUUCAAUACAUUCAUUCAGCAUAUCAAGGCUGAAAAGUACCGUCAAUUUGGGUUUUCCUUCAAAUUACUAAAUCCCAUCCAUUGGUUCCAGUUUGCUGAUGACGCGGCUGUAAUUACUGGCCAAGAAUCCGAAAACCAACAUCUAUUAAAUCGAUUUUCUAUCUGGUGCCAAUGGUCCGAUAUGAUUAUCCGAGUUGACAAAUGCAGUACCUUUGGCAUUAAAAAAGCGAUCACAAAAUCAGUUCAGUGCUUGCCAAAACUCCUCAUCAGCAAUCAACUAAUACCAAAAAUCACCAUUGGAGAAUCAUUUCAAUAUUUAGGACGUUACUUUGAUUUCCACAUGUCGAAUGAUAAUCACAAAACUGAACUAACCACCCUACUGAAUGAACUAAUGUCUGAUAUUGACUCAAAGCCACUACACCCCAAAAAUAAACUGCUCCUCUACAGUCGCUACGUCUUGUCCAAGUUAGCCUGGCACUUCACCGUCGCAACACUCUCUAAAACAUGGGUACUGAAAAUAUCGACUCUAUUGCCAACAAAUAUAUCCGCAGAUGGCUUGAAGUACCAAUAUCAGGAACACUAAGUACUGUCUUUCUAACAAAUAACAAAUUUGGCCUGAGUAUUUAUCCUCCAUCUGUAAAAUUUAUCCAGUGUCAAACAGUCCUCCGAAAAGUUUUAAAAUAUUCUCCUAAUGAAUCAACUAACGACCUGUGGAGAGCAACCAGUAACCAUACUAAUAUCCAAUAUGACGCUUAUAACUCUACUAAGGAAGUUCUCAAAGAUUUCCGUUCUGGACACGAAAACAAACUCCUAAACCAAUUAACCAGUCAAGGAUCCUUUUUCUGCAGCGUCACGAAGUUCGCUUUACCUCAGCUUAGUAAGGUGUGGUCCGUCGCCCAAUCAAAGCUCCCGACAAACAUUUACAACUUUACCAUUCGUUACAUUAACAACUCUCUUCCGACGCGCAAAAACCUAAACAGAUGGGCAAUAUCUUCAAAUUCAAACUGUUCUUUUUGUCUUAGCCCUGAAACAUUACUACGCAUAGUAGCUGGAUGUCAGUUUUAUCUCGACCGAUUUACGUGGAGACACAAUUCAGUCCUGAACUUUCUUGCUCAUCAGUUACAAACUGUUGACGGUUCUACUCUCUACGCUGAUCUAAAUGGAUUCAAAAGCCCUUCAAUACUUACUGGUGAUACGUAUCGCCCAGAUUUGUUAUUAUCGUGCUCAAAUGGUUCCUUAUAUGUUGUUGAACUCACCACUGGUUAUGAGACAAACCUCAAAAACAACGUAAAACGGAAGAAGGAUAAAUAUAGAGAAUUAUUGAGACAGCUAGGUAAAAAUUUUAACCAAGUUAAAUUUAUAAAUCUCUCCAUCAGCUCUUUAGGUAUUUUUGCAGAAGAAUGUUAUACAUUUUUAGACAUGUUAGAUAGUAUUGGUCUUGACAAAAACCACCAAAUGUACUGUGUUAGGAAAAUGAUGACUAUUGCUAUUAGAACUACAUAUUACAUUUUCUGUUGCCGAAAUAAGGAAUGGGAAAAUCCGGAUUUACUAACAAUUUGACUUAUCUCAUUGUAUAUAUAUAUAUAUAUAUAUAUUGCAUGCACUUUGUUCUGUUAUUUUAGUUUAGUAUAAUUGUGAUUCAAAUAGCCAACCGUAAGUUACCUUUAUGAGAGAGAUUUACGAUUGUAUAUGUAUGUAAAGAAAAACAUUUAAUAAAGUUUCCAUUAUUAUUAUUAUUAUUAUUAUUAUUAUUAUUAUCUAAUCAAUGAGCAGGAAGCAGAUUAUGAUAAAGUCAAGUUCGUCAAUUUAUCCUUGAGUACCCUCGGAGUUUUUGGCCGAUCUUGUGAAAAUUUCGAUGGCAUGCUAAGUAGCCUUAAAUGUGAUGCUAAGUAUAGUAAAUACAUAAAAAAGCAAAUCGUGAACAUAUGCAUACGAACAUCAUAUUAUGUAUUUUGUAAACGAAACAAGGUGUGGGAUAACCCAAAAUUAAUGUUAAUAUAAUCCUUCUUAAAAUAAUUAUUGUACAAUAAAUAUAUAGUAUCGAUUCAAGUAGACAUUGAUAAACUACCUGUAAAGCGAGGUUUAUCAUUGUAGUUAUAUAUAUCCUAAUAAUCAAUAAAUAAAGCUUCCAUUAUUAUUAUUAUAACUUAAUCUUGCUUUGACUAUAUAUAUAUAUAUAUAUAUAUAUAUAUAUAUAUAUAUAUAUAUAUAUAUAUAUAUAUAUAUAUAUAUAUAUAUAUAUAUAUAUAUAUAUAUAUAAUUUUUUUUUUGUAUGUAUGGGCGAAAACUUUAAAAAUAAAAAAUAAAUAAAUAAAAUAAAUAAUAAUAAUAGGGCGGUAAACGGGAAGGAUAUAUCCGCAUAGUCAUACAGUAGUCCCCCGCUAACUCGAACUCGCUUAACUCGAACUCCUCGCUAACUCGAACUAAAUCCAAUUCCCCUUGGAUCUGACACUGUUUUUUAUAGUAAUUUACUCCGCUUAACUCGAACUCGCUUAACUCGAACUCCUCGCUAAUUCGAACAAAUUUUGUUUUCCCUUGGUCAAAUUUAUCCCGUUAACUCGAACUUUGUUUUCGAGUCGUGGAUCGGCAAACCUUAAAAUGUCAGAACAUAGCAUUUUCAUAACCGGUAACUUGGAUUUUUAUUCAAAUGACGACAAUUUAUUCGGUGUAUAUAUGAUCAUAAAUUUUAAAAGAUUAUACACAUAGUUGCGACGAUUGUUAUUGAUCUAGUUUUUUAGUUCCUUUUGUAAAAUCUCUACAUGUUUUUCCUAAGAACUUUAGUUUGCAUGGAACUUGCAUGCCUUCUCCAUCACCCAAGUUAAAAAGAUACUGACUAAAGAACAUUAGUUAUAGGGAUGCACAAUUAAACUUUUUGUAAUUUGAUGAACAUAAGAAAACUUUUAUACCUUAUUAAUUAUUAACAUAAUAAACGUAAUCUGACACCAACUCCGGUUAAUUCGAACACCCGCUAACUCGAACAAAUUUUUCGUUCCCCUUGGGAGUUCGAGUUAGCGGGAUUCUACUGUAUUUUAAUCAAAAUGAGUUUGCCCCAAGAGCGUACACCCUUAUCUAGAGGGCUUGCCCUUUUAACCCCAGCCAAGUGUACCAACCUCUUCGUUUUAUGUCUAAGUUUUCCCUCCUAUUUUCAUUCAGGACUUUAUUCAUAUUGAAAAGUCGAAAGCAGACGACGAAACUGAACUGGAGUCAACAAUGACCAUUAUUAGUUCCAGACUUCUUCUCUAUGUUCGCGCGCUGACGAACUCCGUAGCAGCUUUGAUGGCCGACGUUCUUAACAGAGGUGCAGUAGAAUCUAUAAUCUCAGAGGCGAAAGCCCCGCCUAGCUCUGACGACUUCGCCAACGAUGCCCAAAUUUGGUUUAGAAAAUAUUAUGGGACUUUUUGUUUACGGCGACGUGUCACGUUUUAUCUUCUUCUAGCUCCAUUUCAAGAAGAAUGCGAUGCUUUAGAACGAGAAACUACACUGUCAGGUAGCCGACCCUCUUUAUUUCUAACGACCCUUGUUUUUUCGAUGUGAUUGGGUUGUUUACUUACUUACCUACCUACCUACCCUAUAUGUUUUUUCUUUGCUCGCUUAACGUGUUAACGUGACACCAAAAUGGCGUCUGUUGCCCACAGGUAUUGCUUCUUGAAAGGUAUUGCUUCUUAACUCUGUGGCAACAUAUUUCCCUGUCUUUUCCAGAGGAUCGUGUUGAUCAUUCAGAUUCUCCGCUGACAGAUAUGACAGUAUUGUUUGGAGGCGCAGGUCGCCUGGCAAAUUUUCUGGAAUAUUUUGACAAAUGGCUGGAAAAAGAGGAAACACAAACGUUUUGGGAAUCAUUGGCUUGGGUUAGGAACAAAUU